AUGGACCGGUUCCACGACGGGCACCACGUGCGGCUGCGGAGCCGCGUGCUCGGCAAGUACCUCCACGCCGACGACGACGUCCAGGGCGUCUCCCUCCGCGAGCGCCGCGCCUCGCUGAGCCAGGCGUGGACGGUGCACAUCUACAACGGCAACGGCGUGUACCUGCUCCUCUACAGCGCCACCUACGGCCGCUACCUCGCCACCACGGCCACGCGGGCGCCGCGCGGCCACCGCGGCUUCCGCGCCGGGCAGCGCGAAUACGACCAUACGGAGGUGCAGGCCAUCAUGUGGCGGGCCGUCAGGUCCGGCUUCGGGGACGACGUCCUGCUCCGCGACGCCGGCGGCCGCUACCUCCGCGCCAACGGCAAGUACCGCCCCUGGAACACCGGCGUCACCGUCGAGGCCAGCGACAACGUCAGCGCCAUGAUGUACUGGACCGUCGAGCCCAUCCCCGCCAGAGACGGCACGCCUGGCCUUCCAGGCCCGAUUCAGAGCCCCCCUCCGACGAUUUUCUGGCGCGAGCCGGUGAUGUGGCGGCAGAUCCGGUACAUGGUGUCGGAGCCCGACGGCCCCAUUUACACCGAGUACUGCUGGUCCACGUUCCAGUUCAGGGGGAGGUCCGUGUUCCACCUGAGGAACGAGGUGGCCAGGCACACCCGCUUCGUCCUGGAAGGCCGUCAACCCUUCGACCUCGUAAUGUGCGUCCAAGCGGGCCGCCACGGGCGUCUGACCCCGCUCUUCGUCGACCUGCCCCGCGGCGACCUCUUACCGACCUUCUGGAUCGUCGUGUUCCUGUCCGGGACCCCAGCUUACAAUGCGCUGCGACACCCGAAUGUUGACGCAGAGUAGAGCAAGAUCAGAGCAGGAGUCCUGUCAGUUCACCUCUUCUGAAGUUUCGCCACCUCGGACACAAUGACAGAAGAACUGGACGCCUACUUUUGCAUGUAUAUAGAUAUGGGUUCAGAAAACUCAGCAGCCCUCGUGCUUCUUCUGCUAGCUAAACUUGCUCUGAUCUCCUGACAGGACAGGGGGAACCCUUGUCUGUCUGUCUGUUUU